GUCUUCAAAUAUUACUUCCUAUUUCGAAUCCAGCUGUCCUGUUUUGCCAGUUAGUGAACACAACAAUCCCAUUUAUUGCAUUGCUGUGUGCCGUGGACACCAAGAAGAAUAUCCAGUAUGGAGAAAAAACCUAUGCGAUAUGGUCACAGUGAAGGUCACACUGAUGUGUCUUACAAUGAGACUGGUCAGUAUAUAUUAACUUGUGGUACUGAUGGUGAUGUCAGGAUUUGGCAAGGUAUUGAAGAUGAUGAUCCACAAACUAUUAGCAUUGCUGAAAAAGUCAAUGCACUUGCAGUAAAGAAUGGUAGAUUAUACACGAGUAGUGAUACAAACACAGUGCAAGCCCAUACAUUCCCAGAUGGAUCUGCAGAUGGUAUUGUGACCAGGUUUACUGCACCUGUGAAUCAUAUGAAUCUCAAUAAAGAUGCUACUGUCCUCUUGGCGGGAGCAGAUGAUUUUGGUGUAAAGUUAGUAACUAUUGAAGAUAGCAGUCAAAAAGUGUUUAUUGGCCACGAAGCACCAAUACUCAGUGUUAGUUUAGACCCAAAAGAAGAGUAUGUAGCGUCAUCUAGUUGUGAUGGCACCGUGAAAGUAUGGAAAAUAAAAGACCAGAACUGUGAAAAAUCCCUGUCUUUACUGCCCAAGUGUAGUGACAUCAGUAUUUCAAAAACGCUUUGUAGAAUAUCGUGGCAAUCAAUUUCCGGAAAGUACUUGGCAAUACCUGUUGAACAACAAAUACAAAUAUACGAACGUGAUACUUGGGACAAAAAAUGUGUGUUGGAAGACUCAAGAAUUGAUUAUGAUAUAUCCAUAUCGCUAUGGUCCGUGGAUGGUAACUAUGUUAUUGGAACUACCUUAAAUGGUGGCAUAUAUGUAUGGGACUGGAAGAGUAAACAGUGUAUACAGCACGUACAACAUGAUAAAAAAUUGACUAUCUGUGGUAUUGCUUUUCAUCCUAUGGGUAAAAAUGAACUAGUGUAUACAGACUUAGAUGGACAGUUAGGGUUGAUAAACAAUAUCUUACCUGAACCUGGGACAGUCACAAAGAAACCAGAGGUGAAUGUAAAUUCGUUCGCUGGUCUGUUUGAUGAUGAUGAUGACGGUGAUGAUUGUGACAAUGCAGCAUAUCUUGCUGCAGCUGAUGCUGCAGAGCAACUUCAUAGCACGCAAACUGCUGCUGCAGCAGCUGCUCUUGGAGAUGACGACAACGAUGAUAUUGAUAUUGAUGAUCUGAUCUCUCAGAAACCAAAACAUAGAAAUUUACAAGCAAUUAUAGAAGAUGACAAUUCCAUGGAUAGCAGGGUUUUGUCUGAUGCUGCUAAUGAGAGUGAUGUGGAACCAUCAGUUUCCAGUAAACCAAUCAAGUAUGAUGCACCACCACAAACUCCACUUCAGAAAUCUUUUCAGCCUGCUUCUACACCUAUACAUUUAUCAAGUCGAUUUAUGGUGUGGAAUUCUGUUGGUAUAAUAAAAGCAUACAGUAGUGAUGAUGAAAAUUCCAUUGAAAUAGAAUUCCAUGAUACUUCAUUACACCACGCGAUGCAUGUCGAUAAUAACGCAGGGUAUACUAUGGCAUCGUUAUCAAGUGAAGCCGUUCUAUUUGCAGCACCGAGUCAAGAUGAUAAUACACCAAGUCAGUUGAUGUGCCUGCACUUUUCAUCCUGGGACAAUCAGAAAGAAUGGAAUACCUCUCUGCCUAAAGAUGAAGAGAUAACAGCCCUCACUUUAGGAUAUGGUUGGGUAGCUGUAGCCACAGAUAAGAAUUUUAUACGUCUAUUUUCUGUGGGUGGUUUUCAAUAUGAAGUGUUCAGUAUUGCUGGUCCUAUUGUUACAAUGGCAGGGCAUGGAUCUCAACUGCUAGUAGUCUAUCAUAUGGCUACAGGGAUUCCUGGUGAUCAGUGCCUUGGCUUAAAGUUGAUGCAUGUGACGGGUAAAAAAAGACUUAUUUUAUCUGGUGAUUCAUUACCAAUUAGUCCUAAGUCUACAUUGACAUGGUUGGGGUUCUCCGCAGAAGGAAGUCCAGUCAGUGUUGAUUCAAGUGGUGUAGUUAGAAUGUUAAACAGAUCAUUGCUUUCCUGGACUCCUGUUGCCAACACCAAAACACAGUGUAAAAGUAGAUCAGACAAUUAUUGGGUAAUUGGUGUUCAUGAAAACCCAUUACAAUUGAGGUGUAUAUUAUGCAAAGGAUCUCGGUUCCCAGCUACACUUCCAAGGCCAACAGUAUCUAUAUUACAGUUUCAAAUACCAUUAUGUGAGAUGACCACUGACAAAGGCAAACAUGAGGAGGAAUACUGGCGUUCAAGAUACUUCAGCAGUCACUACAAGUAUAAUAAAUCGCUGGGAUACGAGACUGAUGAAAUUGCAGAGAAAGAGUCACAUAAGAAACUUGACAAUACAUUAAUGAAAUUGUUUGCUCUUGCAUGUAAAACAGACCGUGAUUUUCGAGGUGCUGAGAUUGCUGAGUUGAUGUCUGAUGAGUUCACCAUUAGCCUGGCUAUAAAAUAUGCAAGCAGACUGAAAAAAAUGUCUUUAGCUCAGUACCUUAGUCAACUGGCACAACAGAAAUCUGAAGAAGAUAGGGAGCCUGAAGAUGAGUUUGACGGAUACAAUGCAGACUCGAUGUACAGUCAAGCAGACACACAGCAAUACACACAAAAUAGUUCUUACAAAUCACAUAAUGGUACCAGAAAAGAUGAUGAAGAGAUGUAUAUGGAUGAGGAGAGUAACCAUAGCAACAAGAGUGAAGACACCACUGAGAAAAUGGUUAUACUGAAACCAAAGAAAGUUUCAGCUCCCAAGUUGGUUGCCGCAUCACAAGGUAGAAAGAAUCCAUUCAAAGUGACUGAUAAUGAUGAGACAGGUACAACUAUCAUCACACGGGGUUCAUCAGUCUUCGACAGUAUGAAGAAAACGACUACAUCUACCAAACAAUCACAGAAAAGUCCAAAAGGUUUUGAAUUGAAGCCUACUGUGACAAGACAGCCAAGAAAAAUGCAGGCUACAUUAUUUCAGAAGAAAAAUAAACAAAAGGAAACUCUUACAAAUGGAGACGGAAUGGACACUAACAGUGACGACAGACCUGUCUCUAAAAAACCAACUAUGUCAGCAUUUCAGAUGUGGUUUAAACAUAACAAGUCUUCAUUGCAAGAUGAUCAUCCAGAGUUAGAUGAAGAUGAGAUCAUGAAAGUAGCAACACAGUCAUAUAGAAAACUAACCACUGAGGAGAAAAAGGAAUGGGGAGAGAAAGCCAAAAAGGAACCUGGAUCUCAAACUGCUGAGCAGUCUGACAAGAAGCGCAAACGAGAAGAAAACAAUGAAGAAUUAACAGAAACAAUUCCAAGCAAAAAGAAAACUUUUCCAAAAGAGUUAGACUGUAAAACCAAAAAACCUCUGUCAACUUCUACUAAUGCUAAACUAGCUGGUUUUGCUUACAACAAAGAUUGA